AGCGCCCGUUGCGGAGGAGGGGGGUGCAGGGUGCGGGAGCUGCCUCCGCCGCCGGAGCUAACCGCGGGGACCGAGAUGCAGCUACCUCUGGGCCCCAGACUGAACUGGCACCAAAGAAGCGGGCUGUAGCCAUUCCAAGCAUCCUUCACACAGUGCUUGGGUGCUGGACUCAGGUCAGCUUUCGAGACAAUUGCUGUUUCAAUCGUUCAUCCAUCCACCCUCCCUAAUGAGUAACCUCCCUCCUUCGAGCUGGACCAGAGGAUGCAUGAGGCAGGGUCUCUAAGCUCUAUAGUCCCAGCUCCCCUCUGGCGCCCUGAGAGCAGGGGCGGUAAGGAGCUAUGGCUGAGGCUGGUCCAGCCACUUCCCGGGGACAAGGACCAUGCAGUGGGAAAAACAGUAGACUUGGAGUUCUGAAACUUUUCUGAGCUUCGGUUUCCUCAUCUAUUAGAGAGGUUAUUAAAACCUCUCCCAGGGAAAGCUGCUGCCGCACACCCCGCGUCUUCUGGCCGUGUCCCUCUUUGCUGCCCCUCCCCACAGGCUCCCCCUCUCUGCCUCCUGGGGACCAUCAUGAAUGGUGCCCCUUCCCCGGAGGAUGGGGCCUCCCCCUCCCCCGCCCCGCUGCUACCACCCCCUCCCCCAAGUUGGCGGGAGUUCUGCGAGUCCCACGCCCGGGCUGCCGCCCUGGAUUUUGCCCGCCGUUUUCGCCUCUACCUGGCCUCCCAUCCCCAAUACGCGGGGCCUGGGGCUGAGGCUGCCUUCUCCCGCCGUUUUGCCGAGCUCUUCCUGCAGCACUUUGAGGCUGAGGUGGCCAGGGCCUCUGGCUCCCUCUCACCACCCAUCCUGGCUCCCCUGAGUCCUGGUGUGGACGUCUCGCCACAAGACCUGUCCCUUGAGAGCUGCAGGGUGGGUGGGCCCCUGGCUGUGCUGGGCCCUUCUCGAUCAUCUGAGGACCUGGCCGGCCCCCUCCCUUCCUCAGUCUCUUCUUCUACGACCUCCUCAAAGCCGAAGCUAAAGAAACGCUUCUCCCUCCGCUCAGUGGGUCGCUCUGUCCGAGGUUCGGUCCGUGGCAUUCUGCAGUGGCGGGGGACCGUUGACCCUCCCUCCCCAGCUGGGCCCCUGGAGACCUCAUCAGGGCCACCAGUCUUAGGUGGAAACAGCAACUCUAAUUCCUCUGGCGGGGCUGGGACCAUUGGUAGGGGACUGGUUAGUGAUGGAAUGUCCUCUGGGGAAAGAUGGACUCACCGUUUUGAGAAGCUGAGACUAAGUCGGGGAGGGGGGACCCUGAAGGACGGCACAGGGAUGGUCCAGAGGGAGGAGGUGCUGAGUUUCAUGGGGGCUGAAGAGGCAGCCCCUGACCCAGCUGGAGUGGGCCGGGGAGGUGGGGCAGCUGGGCCUAGCUCAGGGGUAGGAGGGCAGCCUCAGUGGCAGAAGUGUCGCUUACUGCUUCGAAGCGAAGGAGAAGGAGGAGGAGGAAGUCGUCUGGAGUUCUUUGUACCACCCAAGGCUUCUCGGCCCCGACUCAGCAUUCCCUGCUGUACCAUCACAGAUGUCCGGACGACCACAGCCCUGGAGAUGCCUGACAGAGAGAACACGUUCGUGGUUAAGGUAGAAGGCCCCUCGGAGUAUAUCUUGGAGACAGCUGAUGCUCUACACGUGAAGGCCUGGGUGUCUGACAUCCAGGAAUGCCUGAGCCCAGGACCCUGCCCUGUUACCAGUCCCCGCCCCAUGACUCUCCCUCUGGCCCCUGGGACUUCGUUCCUUGCAAGGGAGAACACAGACAUCCUGGAACUGCCCUGUCUGAAUCACUCAGAGAGUCUGCCCAGCCAGGAUCUGAUGCUGGGCCCCAGUGAGAGCAACGACCGCCUGUCGCAGGGGGCAUACGGGGGCCUCUCAGACCGUCCCUCGGCAUCCAUCUCCCCCAGUUCCACCUCCAUUGCUGCAUCCCAUUUUGACUCAAUGGAACUGCUUCCCCCAGAGUUACCCCCCCGCAUCCCCAUUGAAGAGGGACCCCCAGCAGGCACAGUUCAUCCCCUCUCAGCCCCCUACCCUUCCCUGGACACUCCGGAAACAGCCACAGGGUCAUUCCUGUUCCAGGGGGAGUCAGAGGGAGGUGAGGGGGACCAGCCCCUCUCAGGAUAUCCGUGGUUCCACGGGAUGCUCUCUCGACUCAAGGCUGCCCAGUUAGUGCUGACAGGAGGCAUCGGCUCCCACGGUGUCUUCCUGGUACGUCAGAGUGAGACAAGGCGGGGUGAAUACGUCCUCACCUUCAACUUCCAGGGCAAGGCCAAGCACCUGCGUUUGUCACUGAACGAGGAGGGGCAGUGCCGGGUCCAGCACCUGUGGUUCCAGUCCAUUUUCGAUAUGCUUGAGCAUUUCCGGGUGCACCCCAUCCCUCUGGAGUCUGGAGGCUCCAGUGAUGUUGUCCUUGUCAGCUAUGUCCCAUCCUCCCAGCGACAGCAGGGUGAGCAGAGCAGGUCUGCAGGGGAGGAGGUGCCCGUGCACCCAAGAAGUGAGGCCGGGAGCAGGCUGGGAGCCAUGCAGGGGUGUGCGAGGGAGAUCGAUGCUACCCCGAUGCCUCCUCCACCCUCAUGCCCUUCGGAGCGAGUGACUGUGUAACCGAACACCUCCCAUGACCCACCCCAGCCCCCUGAACCCCCUUCAUGGACAGAUCCCCCACAUCCUGGGGCAGAAGAGGCGUCGGGGG